AUGUUACCAGCUUUUCAAGGCUAUUCUACACCCCAGAUUCCUGCUUACUCUACCUUUGAAGAUUUAAUAAAUCAGCAGCGUAGAGGAUCAUUAAAGGGCUAUAUGUUGCCAGAUGGAUGCCUGAGUCCAUGUAGCUCAGAUGAGUCCCCAUUACUUCAUCUAGUUCCGCCUCAAUUUAUUAGAGAUCUUCCUUCUCCGUCAGAACAUAUAUCAAAUUCAAACAACAUCAAUGAUCUAUCUGAGCUGCAUAAAAAGCUUUUCCCAGACAUCGCUCCAAGGCAGUACUUUAUAAAUAUCAUGCCAAGCGAUAUAAUCGAAGAAGCAGAAAAAUUGGAAGGAAGUCCUUUCUGCGCAGAAGGGAUUAAUAAUGAUUUUCCAAGCUCCAAUGAUGGAGUGCAAUCAAACAAUUAUGCAAGAAAUGAUGCUGAAAAUAAUGAUUUUCCAAAAGGAGUAGUAAUCAGGACAAAAUAUAGGAAGAAAAGAACGGUACCUGGUUCAAAUAAUGAGAACACAAUGAACUCGAAUAAUAUAAAUACAGCUUAA